CUCUCUCAACACUGCUUUUUUUUACUCAUUUUAGUCUUUUUGCUUUUGCCUGUAAGCAAUCAUUAGCUCUUCUUCACGCCCUCCAUUUACCCUUUCUUUUUUUUCUUUUUUCUUUUAUUUUUAUUUUUAUUUUUAUUUUUUCUUACCCACCAAGGAUAAAACACCCCACACUCUUUAUCCCUGUAUGUAAACCCCCGCUUCUCCCUUUCGUUUCCUAUAAAACAAACGAAGGGAAGAGGAAUUUAUAACAAGCAAAAACACACACACAAAGAGAAGAGAGAAGAGAGAAGAGAGGGGAGAGAGCAAUGGAGUGGCGUACUUGUAAUUCCAGGCUUGCUCUCUUCUCGGCGGCGGCGGUGGUGGUGGUGCUCUUCUCGGCGUGCCACGUGUCGGCAGGGGAGGGGGCGAGGGCGGGGACGUACAUCGUGCACAUGGCGAAGCACGCGAUGCCCGCGGAGUUCGCGGAGCACCGGGCGUGGUACGGCGCGUCGCUCCGGUCGGUGUCGGGCGCGGGCGCGGAGCUUCUGUACGCGUACGACACGGUGGCCCACGGGUUCUCGGCCCGGCUCACCCCGGCGCAGGCCCGCGCCCUGGAGCGCCUCCCCGGCGUGGUGGCGGUGCACCCGGAGCGCCGGUACGAGCUCCACACCACGCGCACCCCCGAGUUCCUGGGGCUGGACCGGAACGAGGGGCUGUUCCCCAUGACCGGAACCGCGGCGGACGUGGUGGUCGGGGUCCUGGACACGGGGGUGUGGCCCGAGCGCCCGAGCUUCGACGACGCGGGGCUCGGCCCCGUGCCCGCCGCGUGGAAGGGCGCGUGCGAGCAAGGCACCAACUUCAGCGCGAGCGCGUGCAACCGCAAGCUCAUCGGCGCGCGGUUCUUCGCCAAGGGGUACGAGGCGAGCAUGGGCCCCAUCGACGAGAGCCGGGAGUCGCGGUCCCCGCGCGACGACGACGGGCACGGGACCCACACGUCGACGACGGCGGCGGGCGCGGCGCGCGGGAUGGCGCCGCGCGCGCGCGUGGCGGCCUACAAGGUGUGCUGGCUCGGCGGGUGCUUCAGCUCCGACAUCCUGGCGGCCAUGGACGCCNCGGCGCGCGGGAUGGCGCCGCGCGCGCGCGUGGCGGCCUACAAGGUGUGCUGGCUCGGCGGGUGCUUCAGCUCCGACAUCCUGGCGGCCAUGGACGCCGCCGUGGCCGACGGGUGCCACGUGCUCUCGCUCUCCCUCGGCGGCGGCUCGGCCGACUACUACAGCGACAGCGUCGCCAUCGGCGCCUUCGCGGCCAUGGAGAAGGGCGUGCUCGUCUCCUGCUCCGCCGGGAACGCCGGGCCCGCCGCCGCCUCGCUCUCGAACGUGGCCCCCUGGAUCACCACCGUGGGCGCGGGCACGCUCGACCGCGACUUCCCCGCGCCGGUGCUGCUGGGCGACGGCCGCAACUACUCGGGGGUGUCGCUCUACAGCGGGAAGCCGCUGCCGGCGUCGCUCCCGCUCGUGUACGCCGGGAACGCCACCAACUCCACGAGCGGGAACCUGUGCACGCCGGGGACGCUGAUCCCGGAGAAGGUGAGGGGGAAGGUGGUGCUGUGCGACCGCGGCGUGAACGCGCGCGUGCAGAAGGGGUACGUGGUGCGCGACGCGGGCGGGGCCGGGAUGGUGCUGGCCAACACCGCCGCCAACGGGGAGGAGCUCGUCGCCGACGCCCACCUCCUCCCGGCCACGGGCGUGGGCCAGAGAGCCGGGGACGCCAUUCGCGCCUACCUGCGCGCCGACCCGAGCCCCACCGCCACCAUCGCCUUCUCCGGGACGCAGGUCGGGGUGCGGCCGUCGCCCGUGGUGGCCGCGUUCUCGUCGCGCGGGCCCAACGCCGUCACGCCGGAGAUCCUGAAGCCCGACCUGAUCGCGCCCGGGGUCAACAUCCUGGCCGCCUGGACCGGCGCGGUGGGGCCCACGGGCCUGGCGGUGGACCCGCGCCGGGUGGAGUUCAACAUCAUCUCGGGCACCUCCAUGUCGUGCCCCCACGUCAGCGGCCUCGCCGCGCUCCUCCGCGGGGCCCACCCGGACUGGAGCCCCGCCGCCAUCCGCUCCGCGCUCAUGACCACCGCCUACUCCGCCUACUCUGGCGCCGGCGCCGGCGCCAUCCUCGACGUCGCCACGGGGCAGGCCGCCACGCCGUUCGACUUCGGGGCCGGGCACGUGGACCCCACCAGCGCCGUCGAUCCGGGGCUCGUCUACGACCUCGCCCCCGAGGACUACCUCGACUUCCUCUGCGCGCUCAACUACACGUCCCUCCAGAUCGCCAGCGUGGCCAAGCGCCCCAACUACACCUGCGCCGCCAAGCCCUACGCGGUCUCCGACCUCAACUACCCCUCCUUCUCGGUCGCCUUCGCCACCGCCUCCGGCGACGGCGUCGGCGCCGCACCCGCCACCGUCGAGCACGCGAGGACGCUCACCAACGUCGGCGCCCCGGGGACCUACAAGGUCGCGGCGUCGGCGACGGCGCAGGGGGGCACGGUGAAGGUCACGGUGGACCCGACGGAGCUGAGCUUCGCCAAGGCCGGGGAGAAGAAGAGCUACACCGUGAGCUUCACGGCGCCGUCGCUUCCCUCGGGUUCGACCGGGUUCGGUCGGGUGGUGUGGUCCGACGGUAAGCACGUGGUGGCGAGCCCGGUCGCACUAACGUGGACCUAAACACAUACACACAUAAAUGCAUUCAUUCCGGCACCCGCACCCGCACCCGCACCCGCACGCGCACCUUUUUUUUUUUUAAGAAAAAAAAAUUAUUAAGGGGAAUUGGAUCAAAUCAGGAAAAGCUGAAGAAUCUGGGAGGUGCCCGUAAUGACGGGUGGGCCCGGGGGGGGUUACCAUGCAAGUUGGUUCUUAAUUUGUUUAGUUUGGUGGUUGCUUUGGUCAAAUUAGGGGGUUGGAGUGAAAGGCAAAUGAUUUACUUUAAUAAAAAGGAGAAAAAAACAACAAAAAAAAAAAGGGGGGGAAGGUUACUGUGCGCAAUUUGUAUAGUGAUUUCUCUUGUAUCGAUCCUGUGAUUUCCUUUAAUUUAUGAUGAAAAGGAUGUGUGCGAAUGUGAUAGUCAUGGAAAUAGGAUUUUGCUUGAAUUUGGAAUUGGAAGGUAUUAUUAAAUACUA